AUGUUGGGAUCAAUCGUGGACAUCCUCAAGAUUCUAUGGUCAGAAUGGAACAUUAGAGGUGCGGUUCUCUUCAGCCUCUGCCUCCAGAUUUUCCUGAUUCUGGCUUCUCCCUACAGGAGAAGGACGGCAAGCAGCAUAACAAUCUUGUUCAUCUGGUUAGCUUACUUGCUAGCCGAUACUGUCGCAACCUUUGCCAUCGGGAUGAUUUCCAAGACCCACCACGUCAACCAAUCCGAUAAUGGUGAUUCUUCUUCUUCCCCUACCUCAGACCUCCUCUCGUUUUGGGCUCCUUUCCUUUUGGUGCACCUGGGCGGCCCUGAUACCAUCACCGCUUUCGCUCUGGAGGAUAACCAGCUGUGGAUAAGGCACUUGAUCACUUUCUUCAUGCAGGCCGGUACUACUCUCUAUUUCUUCUUCCUAUCACUCCCCAGCAACAGGUUGAAGUUCCCCACUUCGCUCAUGUUUCUUGCCGGGUUUGUCAAGUACUUGGAGAGGACUUGCUCCAUGUACUUGGCCAGCAAGAAUAAGUUCAGAGACUACAUGAACAGAGAUGUUGCCCUGCAGCCAGACCACGACAAGACCGAAAAAUACGCCAAGAAAUGGCAAGAGAUACUGGACCACCCAGAGCCAGUAUCAGCCAGAACAGUGCAGCACCAAGAAGAGCAAGAGCAGCCUCUGUUGAGUGAGUUAGAUGUACUGACAAGGGCUGGUGGGCUGUUGGAAAUCGAGCAGGCACUGUUGGCAGACAUGAUUCUAGGACUUCCCAUUCGAGAUUUCAGCCGCAAGUUCUUCGAGGGUAUAUCAGCACGAGACGCCUUAAGGGUGUUGGAGGUGGAACUCGGCUUCACCUACCAAGUACUCUACACCAAGCUGCUAAUUGUGCGCUCAGCUUUGGGCAAAAUUGCUCGUGUUCUAGCUGUGGCUGCAGUACUGCUGGCACUCUUCUCCUUCUAUCUCAACUCAAGUUCCGAUUUCGAUGACAUUGAUGUUACAGUCACAUAUACCUUGCUGUUCGGUGCUGUAGCUUUGGAGGCGCUGGCCAUCCUCAAGUCAAGUCUCUCUGAUCCCACUACUGGUACUGCUACUGAUACUGCUUUCAGUGCUUGGUGGAGAAACCAUGUGGUGACUGGUUUCUAUGGCCAUCUUAUUAGAAGGCCGGAUCAACAUACACUACCACAAGGGAGCCGUGUGAUCUCCAAGGAGUGGUGUGCAUCUGUGUCCGGUUUCAACUUGAUGACUUACAGCCUCAAUCGGUAUGAGAUUGGCUUUGGCCUUCAGGGUCUGGUGAAAGACCAGUGGCUGUUCAAGUCAAGCAAGCCCCUGAGGGAGGACCUCUGGGAAUUCAUCUACCUUGAGCUGAAGGAGAAAUCAAACAAGUAUGCCACCACCAAAGAUGUGGACAGCGUGAGGAAGGCGUGUUCCACCAGAGGGGAGGGUGUCAUGGAGAAAUAUGGCCUGGACAAGGGCUGCAUUGAUCUAAUGCCUUCCGUUGUCAACAUUCCUUAUGACGAAAGCCUCCUGUUAUGGCACGUAGCCACGGAGCUCUUGUACAACAAUGCUAGUGAUGAGAGCCAAGACAAAGAACUCGACUACAAGGAGUUCAGCAAGACCUUAUCCGACUAUUUGUUGUAUCUUCUCAUCAUGCAACCUGCAAUGAUGUCAACCGUGUCAGGGUUUGGCAAGGUGAGGUUCGAGGACACUUGUUCAAAUGUCAGGAAGUUGUUUGACAAAUGGGGUGUAGGCCGAAACCAGAUAAGGAGUGCUUACAAGAAACUCCUGAAUGCAAAGCCAGAGUUUCGUGCUCCCGCAGCAUCAAAGGGUAGUAAUAGCAACAAGGAGAAUGUUGUGUUGUUUACAGCAAGUAGGUUGGCUAAAGAGCUCCAGAAACUGGAGACGGAGAAAUGGGAAGUGGUCGGGAAAGUGUGGGUGGAGCUGCUGUCGUAUGCUGCAAUCAACUGUGACAAGACUGCCCAUGCCCAGCAACUGAGCAAAGGAGGAGAGCUCAUCACCUUUGUAUGGCUGAUGAUGGCUCACCUUGGCUUGUCUGUGCAGUUCCAGGAAGAUGCAUAUGUGUGGGAGCCCAAAGGAGACUUGUUUGACGUUGAAAAAGAAGCAGAAUUAGCUAAUAGACCAUAG